AUGAGAGAAAUCAUUUCAUUUCAUUUUGGCCAAUCCGGAGUUCAAUUAGCUCAUCCACUUUGGGAAUUAUAUUCAUUAGAACACGGUAUCAAUUUAGAUGGAUCUGUUCCUAAUACUUCUGAAUCCUCAGAUAAAGACACAAAUCGAAAUAUAUUAUUUUCUGAAACUCAAAAUGAUUGCUAUGUACCAUUGGCUUACUUGGCUGAUGAUGAUUGUUAAGGUAUUGAUCAAAUUAGAAAUGGCUAACUUAAAUAAUUGUUUUCAACUAAAUUUCUUUAAGAAUUUUAAGAAGAUUCAGGAAGUCUUUGGAUUUCAAGUUAUAAAAGUGCUCAAGCAUCAGAAAUUUUUAAAAAUCAAAUUCGAUAAUUAUUAGAUAAAUGCGAUUCCUUAUAAGGAAUAAUGAUAUAUCAUUCUGUUAGUGGUGGUUUUGGAGGAAGUUAUGCAUCCUAUUUAUUAUAAGAAUACGAGGAUGACUUUUCAAAAGUAAUAAAAUCAACAGUUUCUUUACUUUCAUCAGAUGAGAGCUCAACAUCGACAAUUGUUGAGCCUUAUAACUCUGUUUUCACAAUCAAUUAGUUGAAAUAAUUCUCUAACUUUAACAUCUUUGUUGAUAAUUCAGCACUUUCUAAGGUCUGUGAGCAUCAAUUAGAUAUGGAUUAGGCUAAUUUCGAUAUUUUGAAUAGAAUGAUUGCUUAGAUGAUAGCAUCUAUUACUUCUACAUAAAGACUCAAUGCUGAAAUGCUUAUAGAUCUACAAGAUAUAAAUUAAAAUCUUGUUUUACUGCCAGAAUUAUAAUUUUUACACACUUCUUAUGCUCCUUUUAUUUAAAAAGACAAAUAAAAUACUUUUGGUGUAAAUUUAACUUAAAUUUCUUAAGCACUGUUUAGUGAAGUAGGGUCAUUUAUAAAAUGCCCUCCAAAACCAUCAUAAUAUUUUGGAGCAAACUUAUUUUAUCGAGGAGAUUGCCCUUACUCAGAAAUACAAACCACUAUAAAUGAACUUAAGUCCUCUAAAUCCAUUAAUUUUGCAGAUUGGGUUCCUCUCAAUUAUUAAGUUGCCAUGUGCUCUAAAAGUACAAUAUAAUUUCAAAAUACAGAAUUAGGAAAAGUAAAUAAAACUGCUUGUUUAGUAGCAAAUUCAACGCGUAUAUUAAAUCCUUUAAAGAAUAUUCAUUCAAGAUUUAAGAGUUUGUAUUAGAAGAAGUGUUUUCUUCAUUGGUUUCUAAAGAACUCUAUAAUGGAUGAAUCAUAAUUUGUGAAUGGUUUAGAAUUCUUUUCCUCUUUGAUUUUAAAUUAUGAAUAGUCAAUAUCACAAGAAAAAAUUUAAGAAAAAUAAAACAAAGAAGAAGCUGAAAUCAUUAAAUGAU